CCGCUGGGUUGGCCUCCGAACCCUGCUUCUCCAGCGGCGCGCGCGACCCCGACCGCGAAAGGGGGGUUUCGCGCGCGUCCCCGCGGCGGCUUCGGGGGCGCGCUCCCGGACCCGCGCCGGUUCCUGCUCGGGCUCGGUGGCACCGCAGAGCGGAUUGUUUGUGCCGCCGCCGCCAGGAGCCACCCGCGCCCGGCCCCGCUCCCCCCAGCCCCGCCUCGCUCCGCUCCCGCCCCCCACCCGCACCCCGUUCCCGGUACCGACCCCACCCGCAGCCAACAUUCCCGAGAUCAAGCGAUACGCGGCGGCGGCGGGGCCGGGGGCGGCGGGGCCCGGGGCGGCCGGGGGGGACCGCAGCGAGGCCGCCGCCGCCGCCAUGGAGGCGCUGGGACCCGGGCCCCCAGCCAGCCUCUUCCAGCCGCCCCGCCGCCCCGGCCUGGGAACUGUUGGGAAACCCAUCCGUCUCUUAGCCAAUCAUUUUCAGGUGCAGAUCCCUAAAAUUGAUGUUUAUCACUAUGAUGUAGAUAUCAAACCAGAAAAGCGGCCCCGAAGAGUGAACAGGGAGGUGGUAGAUACUAUGGUGAGACACUUCAAGAUGCAGAUAUUUGGUGAUCGGCAGCCAGGAUAUGAUGGCAAAAGGAACAUGUACACUGCACACCCAUUGCCUAUUGGGAGAGAUAGGGUGGAUAUGGAGGUGACACUCCCAGGUGAGGGAAAGGACCAGACGUUUAAAGUGUCUAUUCAGUGGGUGUCAGUGGUCAGCCUUCAGCUGCUUCUGGAAGCUCUGGCAGGGCAUUUGAAUGAAGUUCCUGAAGACUCCGUACAGGCACUUGAUGUAAUCACACGGCACCUUCCCUCCAUGAGGUACACCCCUGUGGGCCGUUCCUUCUUCUCUCCUCCUGAAGGUUACUACCACCCUCUGGGAGGAGGCAGGGAGGUUUGGUUUGGAUUCCAUCAGUCGGUCAGGCCUGCCAUGUGGAACAUGAUGCUCAAUAUUGAUGUAUCGGCGACUGCUUUCUAUCGUGCCCAGCCUAUCAUUGAGUUCAUGUGUGAGGUCCUGGACAUUCAGAACAUCAAUGAACAGACCAAGCCUCUUACAGACUCCCAGCGUGUUAAGUUUACCAAAGAAAUCCGAGGUCUAAAAGUAGAGGUUACCCACUGUGGCCAGAUGAAGAGAAAAUAUAGAGUUUGCAAUGUUACCAGGCGACCAGCGAGCCAUCAGACGUUCCCUCUGCAGCUGGAAAAUGGACAGGCUAUGGAGUGCACAGUAGCUCAGUAUUUUAAGCAAAAGUACAGUCUGCAGCUGAAGUAUCCUCACCUUCCGUGUCUCCAAGUGGGACAGGAACAGAAACACACUUAUUUACCACUUGAGGUAUGUAACAUUGUGGCAGGCCAACGAUGUAUCAAGAAGCUAACAGACAAUCAGACAUCAACUAUGAUAAAGGCGACUGCAAGGUCGGCACCAGACAGACAGGAAGAAAUCAGCAGACUUGUGAAGAGCAACAGUAUGGUAGGUGGACCGGAUCCGUAUCUGAAGGAGUUUGGCAUUGUGGUCCAUAACGAAAUGACAGAGUUAACAGGCAGAGUAUUGCCAGCACCGAUGCUGCAGUAUGGAGGCCGGAACAAGACUGUAGCUACACCAAACCAGGGUGUUUGGGACAUGAGAGGGAAACAGUUCUACGCUGGCAUUGAGAUUAAAGUUUGGGCUGUUGCCUGCUUUGCACCUCAAAAACAGUGCAGAGAAGACUUGCUCAAGAGUUUCACAGACCAGCUGCGCAAGAUCUCCAAGGAUGCGGGGAUGCCAAUCCAAGGCCAGCCAUGUUUCUGUAAAUACGCACAAGGCGCAGACAGCGUGGAGCCGAUGUUCAAACACUUGAAGUUGACCUAUGUGGGUCUGCAGCUCAUAGUAGUGAUCCUGCCUGGAAAGACACCUGUGUAUGCUGAGGUUAAGCGUGUUGGUGACACUCUCUUAGGAAUGGCCACGCAGUGUGUUCAGGUGAAGAAUGUGGUAAAAACCUCACCCCAAACUCUGUCCAAUCUUUGUCUGAAGAUAAAUGCAAAGCUUGGAGGGAUCAACAAUGUGCUUGUACCUCAUCAAAGGCCCUCUGUGUUCCAGCAACCAGUCAUCUUCCUGGGAGCAGAUGUCACUCACCCUCCUGCUGGGGAUGGAAAGAAGCCGUCCAUUGCUGCUGUGGUAGGCAGUAUGGACGGCCACCCUAGUCGCUACUGUGCUACAGUGCGUGUGCAGACCUCCCGUCAGGAGACUUCCCAGGAGUUGCUGUACAGUCAGGAAGUGAUCCAGGACCUGACUAACAUGGUACGAGAGCUGCUGAUCCAGUUCUACAAAUCUACUCGGUUCAAGCCCACACGGAUCAUUUACUACAGAGGAGGAGUUUCAGAGGGACAGAUGAAACAGGUAGCUUGGCCAGAAUUGAUUGCAAUCCGGAAGGCCUGUAUCAGUUUGGAAGAAGAUUAUAGACCAGGAAUAACCUACAUUGUUGUGCAGAAAAGGCAUCACACUAGACUCUUCUGUGCUGACAAAACUGAAAGGGUGGGUAAAAGUGGUAAUGUACCAGCGGGGACUACCGUGGACAGCACCAUCACACAUCCCUCUGAAUUUGACUUUUACCUCUGUAGCCAUGCAGGAAUUCAGGGUACCAGCCGCCCAUCUCAUUAUCAGGUCUUGUGGGAUGACAACUGUUUCACCGCAGAUGAAUUGCAGCUGCUAACCUACCAGCUGUGUCACACGUAUGUCCGCUGUACAAGAUCCGUCUCCAUUCCAGCUCCUGCAUACUAUGCCAGGCUGGUAGCAUUUAGGGCAAGAUAUCAUCUUGUAGACAAGGAUCAUGAUAGUGCUGAAGGCAGCCACGUUUCAGGACAGAGCAAUGGCCGGGAUCCCCAGGCUCUGGCAAAGGCAGUGCAAAUCCACCAUGAUACCCAGCAUACAAUGUAUUUUGCCUGAGUCCAUCUGGGAAGACGAGGCAGAACCGGCAACCCACGCAGUCCUGAAAUGUUUUGAACGCCUACUGCUUAUAGCUAGGGCUCAGUUUAUUUCAGACUGCGUACUACCAGCAGCUCUGAACAGUCGCACUGAAUCUACACUUCACAGCAAUGUCUGAUGCACCAACACAAUUGAGCCAUUUGUUUUGUUGUUUUAAGUAAUAGAAAUUCAUGAACUGUCUUUUCUGAUGCAUUGGACUGAAUUUUUACCUCAAAGCGCAAAAGGCCGAUCAUCCUGAAAUUUUUAAAAGACUUGGCAUGAAAGAUUUUUAUUGAAUAUUUUGCUAGCUAUGGUUUUUAAGUUAUCUCCUCAUCCCACUAGUUUAUCAAGAUGACUAAUUCCCUUUCUUCAUGCACUGCUUAGUAAGUAUGCAUAUUAUGGCAAAACAUUUUACUCCAAUUCAAUUUAACCAUUCUAUUGUGUGGGGCCAUAGAUUUUUUUUUUUUUUAUGGAGAUUUUAGAUUUCACUACUGUAAAUGCCUUUUAACAAACAUUAACUUUCACAGGCAUUGCAGUGUUUUGUCAGUUUUACUAGUUCUCUUUUUAAUCUCUGCAGACUUGGGCUGCAAAGCAAUUGCACUAUACUGCGGAUUCAGCUAGGUGGUUCUUGUUCUGUGAAUGUGUAACAUAACCAGAUAGUGAUGCCUGGCAGCAGGUUUUAAUUAUGAUGGUUACAAAUAAUACUGCCAUGAUAUGGUAACAAGUACUGAACCAUUUCCCCUUCUAAAAAUGAGAAAAUAUUUAAAAAAAAUUAGCUUUUAGAUAUUUUUCAAACUUUUACAAAAGUGCCCACUUUAUGCUGCUGUGUGGUUUGAUAAAUCUAGGUGAUUUUAAAACUUUUCUCAUAGAAGAUUUAACUUUGGCAAUAAAUGUUUUUUUUAAGCCCCCCUGACAGUGUAAAAUUCUAGCUGAGGAUUGUGCAUGAGUUUAACCAACCUUCUUGUGUCGUUUUCUGAACACACAGUUUGGCAGUUUCUGAAACUAAUCAGAAAAGACGCACUUCCAUGGGUUUUUUUUUUUAAAUAAUUAUUUUUAACUGUUUUAUAUUCACUGGUGUCCUGUCUACCACUUUUUUUAUAAGCUUGGAAAUUGGGUGUUAUAUGUAGGAAAGGCUUGCCAAUCUGUACAGUUCUAAGUGUGUUGUGUGACAAUAGCAACCUGAAGACUGGUACCAGCAUUUUAAUUCUCUCUCUUCUUCCCUCCCUUC